AUGGGUUACCUCUUUCAAAUCCUGCUCGCUCUGUUCAUUUCUAUCAUCGGCGGCCUUUACCUGCUGGGGGCUUUUCGUCGCAGACGGCCCGGAGAACCGCCUUUAGACAAAGGCCCAUUUCCCUGGCUUGGCCAUGUGCUGGAAUUCAGGAGAGACACAGUAAAAUUCCUACAGAGAAUGAAAGAAAAGCAUGGUGAUAUAUUCACGGUGCAGCUUGGAGGCUUUUAUUUUACUUUCAUCACAGAUCCACUUUCCUUUGGCUCAGUGAUCAAAGAGGCAAGAGCAAAGCUGGACUUUUCUAAGUUUUCACAUGUUCUGGUUAGAAGAGUAUUUGGUUAUCAUUCAAUGACAGAUGAACACAAGGCUAACCAGGCUAUAAGCAACAAACAUCUUAUGGGAGAUGGCCUGGUUGUCAUGACUGAAGCUAUGAUGAAAAAUCUCCAGAAUUUGAUGCUCCACAGUGUCGGAUCUGGAGAUGAAAAGGCAUGGCAAGAAACAGGACUCUUUGCUUACAGCUACAACAUUGUCUUUCGUGCUGGCUAUCUUGCUCUGUUUGGUAAUGAGUCACCCAAAGGAGCAGGAUCUUUAGAAAAAGCUAAGGAAAUUGACCGGGAACAAUCGGACAAACUUUUUUGGGAGUUCAGAAAAUAUGACCGUCUCUUUCCCAGGCUGACUUACGGUGUCCUGGGACCGAGUGAAAAGAUGGAGGCAGAGCGUUUAAAGAAAUGGUUUUGGAACAUGCUUUCAGUGCAGAAGAUUUUGAGCACCAAAGACAAUAUCAGCGGCUGGGUACAAGACCAACUGCAAAUCAGGGCUGAAAACGGCAUGUCUGAGUCCAUGCGUGAUCGAUUCAUGUUUGUGCUUCUGUGGGCAUCUCAGGGAAACACAGGCUCGGCCACCUUCUGGCUGCUUUUGUAUCUGAUGAAGCACCCUGAUGCUAUGAAAAAUGUCAAGAAAGAAGUCGAGGAGGUUUUGCGAGAAACUGGGCAAGAGGUGAAGCACGGUGGACCAUUGAUUGACCUGACCAGAGAUAUGCUCCUCAAAACUCCCAUCCUAGACAGUGCAGUAGAAGAGACUCUCCGUCUAACAGCUGCCUCUAUCCUUAUAAGAGGCGUUCAGGAGGAUACGACCAUCAACAUGGCCAAUGGACAACAAUACAUUGUCCGUGAGGGUGAUAGAGUAGCAAUGUUUCCCUACACUGUCAUUCACAUUGAUCCAGAGAUUCAUCCAGAUCCCCACACCUUCAAAUACGACCGUUUUCUCACAGCAGAUGGAAACAAAAAAACUGAAUUCUACAAGGGCGGAAAGAAACUCAAGUACUACAACAUGCCCUGGGGUGCAGGAAACAGCAUGUGUCCGGGGAGAUUCUUUGCCACAAAUGAGCUCAAGCAGUUUGUUUUUCUCAUGUUGACAUACUUUGACUUCGAGCUGAAAAACCCAGAUGAAGAAAUUCCAGGUAUUGAUAUCAGAAGGUGGGGUUUUGGCUCCAUGCAACCAACUAAAGAAGUUCAGUUUAGAUACAGACUCAGAUUUUAA